GAAGAUCGCAGCGACAGCGACAGCACCUGCGUAAUAUUGCACUGGUGUGAGUGGUGUGCUUGUACCAUUUUAUUUGUAUACAUUUUUUAAUCGCGACAAGUGCCGCAGCAUGACGUUCCUUUGAAAGCGUUCGAGGUGAGCUGUAGUAAGCGUAUUUAACGCGAGAAUCGAAGUCACCCUGGGAAAAAUUUACAUUCUGCGUGUGUUUUAAAGAAUUACGUACGCGUCCCCAGAUAUUAACAACAUGACAGCGGUAUAUCCGACUUUGCCGAAACUGGCGGUGAGAGACAGCCUCGACGACGACGACCUCACCGACAUCGACGACGAGGUGUUCAUCAGGGAUGGGAGAAACGGUGGAUUGAAGUUGGAUGACGACGGAGUGAAGCGGCCCUUGAUGGCACCUCGUAGAAAAUCCAAAAAAUCUUGCAGCUUCCAGAGUCAUAAGGUCCCAUACAAGGCGUUCCUCGUGCCAUUAUGCUAUGGAAUUACAGCCUUGAUCAUAGUGUUAGGCUUAAUUGUACUUUGUAUAUUUACCGCAAAUAUAUUCCCGAUGCCGUUAACUAUAUUGAAAAGCUGGCUGUCGCCCGAGCUGAAAGAGCCUGCGAAUGAAUCUGAGAUAAUUCCGUGUACGUCACUGUCGUCCAAGGUUUUAUGGACCAGAUCGUUGCCAAAGUUAAUACCUGAGGCACCUCUUAGGAGCAACGAUGUUAACUCUGAUGGAAUUGAGGAUAUUAUUGUGGGAUUUAGCACAGGUCUGGAUACAGUGGAUACGAAAUAUAUCUGUACUAUAUAUUUUGGGAGACAAACGCCAUGUCUAGGCGGUGUACUGGCGCUGAACGGUAAAACGGGCGAAACCAUCUGGACACAUUGGACUGCCCAUUCGAUAUUUUCCGUUGACUGUGGCGCAGACUUGACAAACGACAAGAUUAAGGAUUGCGUCAUAUCUGGACGCGGUGGAGUGCAAGCUAUUAACGGCCGUGACGGUUCCAACAUAUGGGAUAUACCACUUCAAGAUUCAGCUUCAGAGCUGCAAAUAACUUUGGACGUUUACGAUGCUAGAUUUACAGCGGAUAUGGACGGCGACGGUACUGGCGACGUAAUAGCGUCGCAUGCCGUCCAAUCGGACAACAUUCAAGCGAGCAACAUACUCGUGAUAUCGGGUAGAAGUGGUAAUGUCAUACGCAACAUUGAUUUACCGGAUACGGAACAGCUGUUCGUGGCACCGCAAAUUAUAGUGCAUCCUGACGGAGAAAAUAUAUUUGUUCUGGCUACAACCAGUCAACAAGAUGCCGGCGGAUUAUAUAUAGUGUCCCAAGCUAAUAUAUUUUACGGUGAUUUGCAAUUACGAAAGCUCAAUCAUAACACCGGCAAAAAUGCACUGUUGCCACCGAUCCUAAUUGAUAUUACGUCGGAUGGAAUUGAAGAUAUUGUCGCUGCUAUGUUCAAUUCUACGAUUGUGGCAUAUAACGGAUCUACGUUUGAACCUAUCUGGAAUUAUACAGUCCCCAAUUCCGAAGUAAUCAGCAUUCCCAUUCCCGGUUAUUAUAACGACGAUGAUAUACCGGACUUUAUGGUAAAGCAUCAGAUAGGUACUGGUUUGGCCACGUACUAUUAUACCGUGGCCACGAUCAUAGACGGUCGUAAUGGACUGCCUUUGCUUGAAAAACCGAUGGAGGAUAGCUUGAGCGGGCAAAUGUCCGGUUUGUCGGUCACCGUCGACGGAUUUGGCAACGACUGGUUUUUGCAUUGGUCCACCGACUGUUUAAACUACGAGGGAGUCAAGGAAAAAUAUCAGUUCUUGAAAGAACAGAGUUUCAUGUCGCAAACGCGCGCCGACCCCUGCUUCCUGAGAUUCAAUUCAACACUCACUACGAGACUUCUAGCUUUGAGCCAGCACGUCGGUCCGCCCGGAAUGUCGUUGUACUUUUCGGAGGAUUGGAAGUCCCUGGAAUUCAAUAAUUCAUUCGAUUCACGAAAGGAAGAGGAAAAGUACCCGAACUCCUAUUCGGGAUUAAAAAUCCCGGACACUUACGCAAACAUACCGCUCGUUUCCGAGAGAUCGCCGGGAGUUCAUAAAAACCAUCGAAAAGAAAGCAUCUUCAAGCAUAAAGAUAAUAAUAUACUCGAGAUCGGCAAAUACGACUCGGAUGCAAUAUACGAAAACGUUGACGAAUUCAAGAGCCACAAGAAGCACAAUCCCGAGGACACCGUAGAGAAUUUAGACGUAGAUCAAGCAUGGAAGCAGGAUAACAAAUGGAUGGAUGACGAUAUGCAGACGGAUAAAGAAUAUGGUAGUAUAUACGAAAGUGAUAAUAGUAACAAUGAAGACGGACAGCAGAGUGUGGAUUAUUCGCAAGGUGAAGUGCGAGAGCAGAGGAGCAUUAUUAUAGCUAAGGAUCCAUAUUCAAUAAAUAUUUCUGACAAAGAACAUGGCUCCAAGGAAAUUAGCGAUUACCCAACACCCGAAUCGACGCAACAUAAUUUGCAGUUGGAUCACAAGAAUAUUGACACAGAGAAUAAGAGAGGAAUGAAGGAAAUCAAGGACAAGAAGAAUGGCUCGGUGAACAAACCUGAUACAAUGAAUAUAUUAAUGACGCCAAUUUUAAAAUCUCAAGAGGAGGUAUCGUCAACUAUGUCGAGCGAUAAAUCAAAUAUGGAAAGGACUACUACAAUACGGAGUGCAUUAAAUACGAGCGGAUUAACAGAAGUCAGUAUUAGUAUGGAAUAUCUGAACGACACACACACCGAUGAAUCAAAUGUUACUAAAAAUCAAAUGAUCACCAAUCAUCAAGAUGAAACUUCCACUACUAAGAAAGUCGUAGACGCGACACAGCGGAGACAGAUUUAUAAGCAUAGU